AUGUCAAGAAGCACUAGACUUAGAGCUCGAACGAUCGCUUCCGAUACUAAUCGUGCUGCGAGAAAUGCUAAAGACUCGGACGAGCUAGAUACAUAUGGAUUGGUGGAAGAAAACGGCGGUCGUCCGUUUCAGCUGAUCGAAGGCCUUUCUUCUUCUGUCGGACUUCCACAGUACAAGGCUACGCUAACGCACCCGCUUUCAGUUAGAGACUCGGCGGUUCUGUAUAGUUCUAUGCUAAGCUCUCGCAGAACUUGGAUUAGCUCCGAAAUGUUUGAUAUGUUGUGGUCCAAGCAAUUUUUGAGUCCGAGCGAAAAAGAACGGCUUGAGCAAGAAGGGCUUGAUCCAGAAAGUGUAGACGCCAGUGCUGCACGGGAGAAAAUGCACAAGUUAUGUGACUGCGUAAUGUUUGGAGGUCCGCACGCCUUUUCUGUACGGCUCUUCAUUGUGAAGAACGAGGAAACCGAGAACAAAUGGAACGAAGCCAUCGAGCAAAAGAAGCGUAGUAAAGAGGAUCGCAAGAAGCGGGAGUUGGAAGACAAGAAAAAGAAGCAAGAAGAGCGGAAACAACAGCAGUGGGUCAAGAAGCAAGGAAAGGAUCAGCAGCAACCACUACAACUCAAAUCAUCCGUGAGUACUACUGGAGCAGGCUCUGGUUCUGCUUCUUCCGCUGGUAAUGUGCAUUCAGAAACUAAAAAACAACCUGUUAAGCGUAGGCCACGUAAAGAAGAAACUCCGCAACCUAGCAAAGCAAAGGCACAAACUUUACAAAACAAAAAACCUUUACCCCAGUCCACAGAAGAUCAAAAGAUGAUCACAAACUUGAAUCUGAUGGCCCAAAAAAAUCAAGAACUGAACUCUCUGAUGAUCAUUGUCGCGGGGGGACGAUCAACCUCAGAACAAGUAGAAGAAUUUAAAAAAUACAUUGAGAAAGCAAGAAAGAUGCCCACACCACCGGGCUGGAAGCCUACCACACCUGCAGCUUCUACAACAACUCCUGCUCAAAAGAGCUCCGAGCCAAACAUUACAGAGAGAAAAAUCGCGGAUAAGAGUCGACCCAUUAUACCGCCUGAGCUGCCUACAUCUCGAUUACCGGAUGCUUCGCUAGUGAAACUUGAAGACCCUUCUAAAGUUGCACGAGACGUCUCCUCAACUAAUUCUACCUCCGAACCUAGGCAAAAACGGAAGUACACGAAGAGGAAAAACGUCGAAAAUCCACCGGAGCCCGAAGACAAGUCUAUGCAAUUGACCACUUUUCAGCAAAAAUACAUGCACAAUGCCGAUAUAGUUUUUGAAUACGUCGAAAACCCAAACAAGAGAUUUAGUUUUCCAAAAGACGCAAUCUUAGAGCUUUUGGAAGACGGUGAAUCUUACAUUAUGUCGUGGAUUAUUAUUCAUAAUCGGAAGGAAGUCGAGAAAUAUAAAGAGAAAAGAUGCAGAAACCUAAAGAAGACGACAAAAGGUGAAAGCGACGGUCAGGAGAGCUCCGAAGUCGCAGACGAGGAAUACGAUGUCUUUGAGGAUUUACAAUCCCCUGCUCCGCUAUACACAACAAUGACUGUGAAGCUUACCAACAUACACAGAAAAUUUCAAACAAUUAUGAUUAACUCUGUUAACCCAGCUGAUAAAGUGCGCAAGCGUAUGUCAAAUAUUCUGGAACGCGGAACAAGACUUACAGGCUACAAUUUAUGGUUUCAGCUGGAUGCAUAUGAUGAUAGUGAUCUGGCAGAAUCUCUGCGCAGUGAGCUGAAAGACUAUGAAGCGGGCUUCAGAAGCAAGCGACAGCGCAAACAGUUCUGA